GCUGUUUGCAUAAAGGGUCCAGAGGCAGAACCGUAUAAGUACAGAGACGUGAGCCAUGCAGAGAGCACACGGCAGCGCUUCUCUUGGACACUCCGUGUGCCUGCAGCAGCAAAAGGACAACUCUGAAGCUCAGGUGCACGAACAGCUUUAAAGCACUUGGCAGAUGAUGCAUCAAGCAAAAAUCUGAAACUACAAAUCAGGUCUAUUGCUCAAGGAUUUCAUCAGAACUGAUAAAAACCUGCCAAAAACAAAGUUGCAGGAAUCCUGUCCCACAAUGCCAUCUAUCCAGCUGCCCCUGCUACUCCUCUGCUUGACCUUGUGUGGUGUUUGCUUCAACGGGGGACAUCUCCUUCCAGAGGAAAGGGAAAACAUGGUAAAAAGUCCCCUGGAUGACAUCCUUCAGAGACCUGAAAGCCUCAUUCUUCAGUCUGUCCUCAAGAAAGCAGAAAAGGAAGACGAUAUUAAUAAAGAAUCAAAUGCCCCUCUGCUACAAUGGCUUUCCAAAAGACAACAUCCUGGGAAAAAGUAUGUAAGUAACCUGAAGAAGAGACAGCAUCCUGGAAAAAGAGCUAUUGAGGAAGAGACAUCUUAUGGAGACAUUCAGAAGAGGCAGCAUCCAGGAAAAAGAGAGAUGGAAGAUGACCUUGAUGUCUAUCUGGAGCUGAAAAAACAACAGCCUCCUGGCAGAAAGUCACAGUUGGAUCAGUUUGCUAACAGCCCUAGGGCACAGCUAACCUACAUGAAUGAGUUAUCAAAAAAAAAACAUCCAGGCAAAAGGUAUCCAAUGUACAAGCACCAGCAUCCUAGCAAAAGAGGCUGGAAUUAUGAGGUAGAAUACAGUGAGAAACACCAGCAUCCUGGAAAAUGGCACUGGAAUUCUGACAGCUCAGAUGACACAGGCCAUCAGGUGUCAUUCACCUGUCACAAAGGCAGCUUGUUGCUUGAUUUAGUAGAAGAUGUUAGCAGAGACAGGGUAGAAGAAAAGCGUCAGCACCCAGGAAAGAGCUCAGCAUUGGAGAGUGAAAAAAAGGAAUGAGAAAAUAAUUGUGUAGCACUUGCAUUUGGUGAAGUAAAUUGCCAGAUCACCAAAACAUUCUGUUCACUCAUUUUUGGCUUCCUGUUGCUGACCUCUGCACCUACCUUUCAGUGUGUUAAUGUCCCCAUCCAAGCUAAUGGCUUUGUCACACACUUAAAGCAAAGGAACUAAAGGACCCAUAUGAAUGGAACAGGCUGAGAAUCUUCAAUUCCCCCACUUUAGGAAGAGAGUUUAUUUUCUCAGGAAUCCCAGAAUAAUCCAACUGUGUGUUCCUAAAUGACUGAAACAGGCUCAUAAAUUUCUGUUCUGAUGCUACUGAAAUAGAAUAAUUAUAUGGUUUCCUCUCACAUCAGUGAAAUCAGUAAAUAGUGAGGGAGAAAAAACAUAUGCCAAUUGUUUCACAAUUAAAUAGAGCAGUUUUUCAGUUCUAAAUGAUUACAUUCUGGACACCUGAGUCCUUGUACACUACAAUCUGUCCAGACAGUAAGCACUAUAGAGAGACAGGAACAGUUUCAACUGGAACAAAAGAAAUGAAUGACUUGAUGGUCUGACUUGGAACUGGCACAGGAAAACCCUUUUCACCUAAGAUGCUACAGAGUGCAAACGGUUAAUACAUCCCUGAACAUCUCAAGCACAGCAGUGAUCCCCCUGACUGUGUACAGCCCACACUAGAACUCCCACCCUGGUGUGUCCACACUUCAGUCAUGCCCCUUGAAAUCACGCCUUCUCCUCAGACAUUUAAUAAAGCAAGAAGAAAUCCUUUCCAGUGAGGAUUUCUGACUUCUCUCAAAGGAAUGCUUUUACUUUCUGUGGUCAGACUUCCAAAAGUGUUUACUUGAUAUGAAUUAUUCAAUAAACAUAAAUAGUCAACUCUGGUGUCCUUAUUGGUUAUGCAAACACACUGGAAUAGCAUGACAAACAUACAACCAACUCAAGCUAAAUAUAAUAACAUCAA